CACAGUCCAAGACUGCCUUUUCUGGACCCCUGCUCACAGUAACAUAUAAAACCCUCUUGUAUAGCAAGUGCUGCAGUAUCCCUGCCCUCCGAGUUCCUGUUUGCAUGGUUCAGAGCCAGCCAAGUCCCACAGGGGUUCACAUCACCAGAGAACUGCAGACGCACAGGGCUUUCGAAGAAAGUCUGCCCUACCUACGAAGUAAGUGUAUAAUAAUUUUGCGAAGUAACGCACUUUACCAAAGGACAUUAAUAAUAAUGAAGAGGUCCGCAGUCUAUUCUGCUGUUGCUGUUGUGAGCCUUCUGAGUAGAGCUUGCGCCCUGGUCUUGCCCAUUUCCACUGAUUUGCUCUUUCCAACCAAUAAUUGCACCGAACGUGAGUCUGCUGCACGAACAAACUCAUCUGCCAACCUCUCCAAAACCAGACGAAAACGCUACAUCUCUCCAAACGACAUGGUCGCUAUACUCGACUAUCACAAUCAGGUCAGAGGCAAAGUCUUCCCACCUGCUUCAAAUAUGGAGUACAUGGUCUGGGAUGAAAAUCUUGCAAAAAUUGCUGAGGCUUGGGCAGCUACAUGUAUAUGGGACCAUGGCCCUUCUUACUUGCUGCGAUUCUUGGGACAGAAUCUCUCAGUCAGGACUGGACGUUACCAGUCCAUUCUGCAGCUUGUUAAACCAUGGUACGAUGAAGUUAAAGAUUAUGCAUUCCCAUACCCUCAAGAAUGCAAUCCCAGGUGCCCACUAAGAUGCUACGGACCAAUGUGCACACAUUAUACGCAGAUGGUCUGGGCUACAUCCAAUCGAAUAGGCUGCGCCAUUAAUACAUGCUAUAAUAUGAACGUCUGGGGAGUAGUGUGGCCGAGGGCUGUUUACCUAGUAUGCAACUAUUCACCAAAGGGGAACUGGAUUGGAGAUGCACCCUACAAAGUUGGAGUACCUUGUUCGGCCUGUCCACCUAGUUAUGGAGGUUCCUGCAGUAACAAUCUCUGCACUCCAGGAAUAACAUCAAAUUACUUAUACUGGUUUAGAAAAUGAAACCUUUGCCUAUGAAACACUGUAAAACUACUUCAGUGUUGAGUUGUUAUGCUUCUACAUUGAAUUUUGCACAUUUUGCUAGUACUUUAAUGAAAUAAGCUCUAUAUUUAUAGUCACUUUAUAAUUGUAAAUUCUGAUUUUUUUUUUUUGCUGAGAUGUAAUAUCUAGUUUUGAAAGAAAACUAAUUGAAAGUGCAGUUUAUUUUUCUAGUCCCUUAAAGGUUAUGCUUUCAUUUUAGCUAUUUGUAAACAUCAGUAGUUUUUUUUUAUGUACCCCAAGCUCAUACAUUGUUAUAAUAUGCAUGGAUUGUCCCAUUUCUUUCAGCUGAAACAUUUAUCUUUUAGGAGUUCAAGCAACUGGGAAAUUAUCAAUAACACUAAAUGAUUUAUAAAACAUUCUUGUUUAUGAAGCUUAACAUAGUCUUCUUUGAAGUAUAGUUUUUAUUUUUAUUUUAUUUUAUUUUAUUUUAUUUUGCAUUUGUUUACUGAGAUAGCACAUUGAUUACAACAGACCAUUUGCAGGUACUGCCUAGGUGAAAUAAUUCACAAAAUAGAAAAAUGUAAAAUGGAGAGCCAAUAAGCUGUGUAUAUCAAAAUCAGAACAAAAAUGUAACACUACGUAACAAAACUUGUGCAGUAGUGAUUAAUAGAUAUAGCAACAUUUAUGAGAGAAAUGUACAUUUUAUGAUUUUGCAUUAUUAUAUUUUAGGUUUACAUCAUGGUAAAAAUGUUGAGGAGUAAUGGAAGUCUGUAAUUCAUCAGGUUUAUGAGUUACCACAUGGCACUAACUAAAGAGAAUAAACAGAAUGCUGUUUUCCUACACGUUUAUAGAGCUUGGUAUCCCAACUUUUAAGACAAGAGGUUUUUAGUACCAACCCCAUGUCUCUAAAACAAACAAAAAAAAAUAAUGAAAAACCUCCAGUGUAAAAACUGUUAGAGAGCUAUGUUUAGUCCUGCAAAGCCCAGUGUCUCAGCACUAUCUGGGCUAUACAUUACAACAUUAUGAUUAUGUAAAAUAAUUUGUUAAUUGGGAGUGCUAAAUAUGUUUUCAAUAUAAUGUUCAGUACAGAAGAGUCUCCUCUUUUAUAUAAUAAUAUAUUAAAGACAGUCAUGGCAGAGUGCUAAUACACACUAUAGUUUUUGCAAUCAAUGUGUGUGAGUGUGUCGGUAUGGGUGUGUGUGUGUGUGUAUGGGUCUAAAUUAUAUCCUCGAAAACUGAAUUUGCUGAACUGCAUCUACAUCAGAAAUGCAGUUCAGUGAACUGAUAAUAGUGA